UGGAAACUCUCAUCUUUUUGUUUUGUUUUUGUUUCGAUAAUAAGCGUAAUACAUUUUCAAUAAAAAGGGCCAUAUUCACUUGAAAUAAUUUGAAACAGCCCCCAAUUCAUCGCACAAAAGCCUACCUUCUUGGCUAUUGCACGGGUAUCAGCGAGGAUCUCCAGAUGCCCUGCCUUCUUGAAAAGAAACCGUAAGAAGAAGGAGACGGCACCUAGACAAAGUGCCUGUAAUUCUUGUCUGUUCGAGGUCAUAGUUGCGCGCGAGUGUGUGGUUGUGAGAGUGUCAAUUGUCGCUUGUAUCACAAUUUCUAACUGGAAAACAGUACGUUCGUUUAAUCUGAUAUUACGUUAGUUAACGGUGUUUGAUGGAAGAAAAACAUUGAAGUGAUACGAAAAACCAAGGAUUUAUGGUUCUCUACCCAAAAACAAUACCGGGCCUUUGUGAUUCCUGCCAAACUUAUCGUGAAUUUUGUUGAACAUGCGGACACCGUCGACCGGAAUGAAUUUGGUUGUUUGGCUUUUGCUGGGGAGUCUCCUGUGGCUGCGUAGAACCAACGCGACUUCUAAACUGCUCCACUCGGGCUCAGAAGCCCGUCAGUAUGCUGAACAGUCAUACCCUCAAGCAUAUUCCAAAGACGACGAGUCCUACGAAGCCCAUGUUGAGACGGAUCCUACAUCACAGAGUGGUGGGUUUUUUCUCGAUGACUUCGAGGCUGUCACCAGGUCAGAUACCCUCGAGUGCCCAAGUGCCAACGUCAUCACUACCAGAUACAAAUGCCAAGUAAGAGACCAGUGGGUCGAUUGUUUCCGAAGACACUGUUGCCAGGGAUACAAUUUCGUAGCUGGAAGAUGUCUCCCCGAAACCGUGGAUCCUUGCUCACAAAAUUUCUGUGAACAAAAAUGUUCCGUCUAUUUUGGACGUGUCAUCUGCACCUGCUUCUCGGGAUACAGAUUUAGUCCCGAACAUCACAAGAGAGGACUGAAGCCUGUUUGUUUAGAUAUUGACGAGUGUGCGGUGCAAAACGGAAACUGCCAACAUACCUGCAUUAAUGAGCCAGGAAGUUUUCGCUGCGAGUGUCACGAAGGUUACAGACUUCGCGAGGAUAAUAGCACCUGCGAACUGGAGAGCGAAGGAGGUGCCGUGGCGUCCCCUGACCAAUGGCGCGUUCCUGAAGGAGGGACGAAGGACGCCACCAGCAAAUCAGGGAGAACAGCCCAUCUGGUAGGACCCUCCGAAAUUCACAGCCCCGGUCGCCGUUGCUCCGCCUCCUGUGCUUCCGUGGGAAACUUGGAAAAUAAAAUCAAGAGCUUAGAGGAGAGGAUAAUUGCUCUGAGCACGGCUGUUCGAUUGUACAGCUUCGCCGCUGGACCUCCUGGACCAGAGGGACCACCGGGACCACCAGGUACAGCUGGUCCACGUGGGUUUCCAGGACCGGCGGGGGCGCCUGGUCCGCAAGGUCCGAAAGGGGAACAGGGCCCAGAGUGGAAUCCUCCGGCGUCGUGGGGCCCGCUGGGGACGACGACACCAGCGCCAGCGGACGACCCUCUCACCGAGGACGACUACCCACUCGAUUCCUGGACGGUCGUCCACUCCAGAGGAAAACGAGAGUUUUGCCGCUGUCGCCGAGGCCCAGUUGGACCACCAGGAGCCCCAGGGAAGGCUGGGCCAAGGGGAUUCAGAGGACCGACUGGUCCAGAAGGUGAAAAAGGAGAGCCAGGAUCCUUUGAUUUCCUUCUUCUAAUGAUGGCAGACGUUAAGCAUGACAUCCAGAAACUCCAAGAGAAAGUUUUCGGUAGAGACAAAUUACCAGACCCGUACGAUUUAGCAGGAGCUGUAGAAGCAGAAGCCGACCCAACAAAAGGCCACUACAAGACACGCCUACAAGAGAUCCUUACGGAGGAAGUCGACAACAAGAUCUAUGGAGCAGGCAGACUAUUCCAUCCUAGUCAGAGCAGAGAACUGGACCUCUCUGAUGCUAGUGUAGAUCGACAUCCUUCAUCCCAGAGUCUGGCAGCCUCUCCAUUUUCUCAGCCAACUCCUUCGCAAGGUGCAGCACCUCCUGAAAUUCCACAUUCACCAUCGUCCAGUGCAAAGCUUUCCAGAAAUAGUGAACAUGAGACAACUUCAACAUCUUAUGAGGAUUAUGGUUAUGAUACAACUGAUGGGUAUUACGACCACAUGCCCAAUGUUACCGAUACCUUAUUCACAGACAUUCCUGAUUAUGAAUACGGCUCAGUACCAGACGUAACUUAUAUUGCUGAAUAUGCGGCCGUCGAUACCUCUCCUACAACAUCCUCUACUGAUCAGUCAUCUUCCCCCCUUUCAGGACGCGAAGAAAGUGCGAGUCACAGAACAAAAGCUUCUUCAGAAGAUUCAAGUAGGACUUGGAGGGCAGACUAUGGAUUUUACAAUAGGGGAAGAACUUACGAAACUCACUACCACCCUGAGAGAGAUAAUAAUGGUCCCAGCAUGGAAAGAAAUGACCAGUCUAGACCCUCCUCAGAAGCAGCAGUUGAAGCUAACCCAAGGAACCCGGUCAAACAGACUUUAACCGAAGAGGACCGGAAUCGAAUCAGGGAGAAUGAAAAGUUGGUAUCUAUCCUUGAUGACAUCAUGAGAGAAAUCGAGGCAACUGUCGAAUUCCAGCAAGAACGCAACGCGAGAUCAUCCAAAAAUCAUACUUCUCCUGAUCGACCGAAAAUCGAAGGCGACAGCCUUGAGAGUAGUGGUGAUUAUUCUUCCAGUACCCAGACUGCUGGUGCAAAACACGCCAAAGAAAGUCAUCAAAGAGAUGGCCACCGUGACUCAACCCGAAAUCCUGAUGAUAAUAAUUCUAGAUCUUCUGAAAUUAGCUCAGCUUCAACACCAUUACAGACAAGAUCAAAGCCUCGAGUUGGUGAGGAAGAAGAAGGUAGUACUGAGGAGGCAGAUGAAGGUGAUGAUUAUGUGGAAGAUGAGUAUGAAGACCAAGAAGAUGUGGGAGGAGGGAUUUUAAAUCUGAACUGGAAGGGUUGGUGGGACUGAAGAGCCUCCGGUGAUUUGUCAUAUUUAUAUACUGUGUUUACAAACUAUACUUUCCGGGCCUUUUUUUCUUUCUUUUUUUUUACUUUUAUACUUGUAUUUAAUUAUUAAAUAUUCCGACAAAUCUACGAUUCCUUGGUUAGUAGUGUCUCUUCACGGUCGCUAUUUAGAAAUUAUAAUUUAAGCUAGUCUUCACUAAUAACUUCAAUAAGAGCAGCCCAGUUCGCUUGACGGUACAGGCAGACGGUAGAGCCUUUUUGAGGAGCAACUCCUGCACUGGAGGGGACAUUCGGUGCAAAAUGAAUGUGGCCUGGAUGAUGAGCAUCAACAUUUUUUCUGACAAUGAGUGAUAAGCUCGAUAUUUAUAAAUGAACUUAGGUUUAACGCAGUGGAUUGUGUGUUGGAAAUAUGUAUCUCACACAAUAACCAAUAUAUGCAGUAGGUACAAGUACGAGUGUAAGCUAUACAUAUGUGUAUUAUUAUAAUUAUACGUACAUGUGGGUAAAUCACGAAAAUAACAUGCCAUUUCAAUAUCUUAGAAUUUUAGUGUCUAUUUUCCUAGUUUUUUUUUUUUUAUUCAAAUGAACAACAGCAGAUAAAUUUAAAUGUCAGUUUUAAACGUCCUCAUACUAAUAACCCUCUGUAAGAUAGUUUGUUGAAGCCUUUCCGAAUUUGGCACUAAUGCUCAAGCACAUUUCCCGCCAUGAGAGGACAUUGCAUUAUAAAAAGGGGAGAAUGUUGAGUUGCUUAAUUAAUAUCUUAGUAGUAAGAAUGCAGUUUUAUAUUAGCCUGUUUUCAUAUCUUGUAACCCGUUGUGUUGAUUUUGGUACAUUUAAGGAAAUACAAAGCUUCGCUACAGUUCAAAUGUCAUUAUAAGAACUAGGUCCAUAAGAACAGGAAUUUGAAACACUUUCAACAGAGUAAUUAUGUCACUGCCACAAUUAAUAAAAGUUUUUUUUAUAUAUAUA